AAUUAAACAUAAUGUAAUUAAUGAUAUGAGAAAUGAUUUCAGUCAGUUACUAAUAACGGAGAAGAGAGUUACAACGAAUGAAGGAGAACAAAAUAUUGUUGCAUAAAAAUGGGUAAAGGAAAGUUAUAUCAAACUUUAACUGCCGUGGCAAGUGCCUUUGGUUCACUUAUCAUGGGUAUGCUAUACGUUUGGCCUUCUUAUACUGUUUCAUUAUUCAAGUCGGAGAACACGACUAUUUUAUCAGAACCUAUGUCAUCGACGGAAGUAUCUCUAUUAGGCAGUUUGCCUUCAUUAGGUGCAAUGCUGGGCACUGCAUUAGCAGGACCACUUAUUGAAACUUUUGGAAGAAAACUUGGUGGUUUAGCGAUCACAUUACCCUAUGUUCUGGCAUGGGCUAUAAUAGCAGUAUCAAAAUCCAGCACCCCAAUUCUAGCAGCACGUUUCAUCAGUGGUAUAUCGGGAGGUGGAAAUUUGGUGUAUGCCCCUAUUUUUAUAUCAGAGGUCGCUGAAGAUUCUAUUCGAGGAAGUUUAGCGUCAGCCACCAUAGCGUUCUACGGCAUCGGAGCAUUGACGUCGUAUCUGCUUGGUUGGUUCUUUACUUACAACAAUAUCAUUUGGCUCAACCUUGUGGUCAGUGUUAUUGGAUGUGGUUUGCUAUUGAUCGUUGCUGAGAGUCCAGUUUACUUACUGAAGAAGAAUAGAGAGGAGGAUGCUCGGAUAUCACUUGCUAUUUAUCGUGGUGCACCAGCUAAAUCUAUGCUCAUAGAAGAAGAGCUGUCAAGGCUAAAACACCAAAUAUGCCCUGUUUAUGAGAUGGUGUCUAUCACUGAGAAAUCAGAAGAAACUGAAAAAGAAAAAUUAGAUGCCGAGAAUUUAAAUUUUGGACCUCCACAACGAAAAUCUGGAUUCAAAACGUUAAUGACAUCGCCAACGUCACGUCGAGCAUUCUUGGUUGUAUCCACAGUGAUUACGAUGCAGGUGUUAAUGGGUAUAGUACCAGUACAAGUAUACGCAAAGCACGUAUUCACGCAUGCCGACCCCGGUAAAGCUGACUUGUACUCGGUGAUCUUCGCCGUUGUCCUCGUGGCCGGUAGCUUCGUCACCGGUGCUAUAGCCGAUAAAGCUGGUAGACGGAUUUUGAUUAUCACAUCGUCAGCAAUGGUGUGCAUUUGCAUGUCAAGCUUAGGGUUUUUGCUGCAAACACGGCUAGCACCUUCAUGGGUGACAGUUGCAAUGAUUUUCGUGUAUUGCUUCUGCUUUAUGUUUGGAGCAGGGUCUAUACCCUAUGUACUGCUAGCGGAAGUAUUCAGUUCUGAGGUACAAGCAGUCGCAUCUUCCAUCAUAAUCGAGUGGGUAUGGUUCUUGAACUUCGUUGUGCUAGCAGCUUUCACAUGGCUGAACGAAAUCAUCGGCAUCCAUGGAAUCUUCUAUAUUUUCGCAUUCAACGCCUGCAUCAACGCUUUUCUAAGCUUCUUCUUUUUACCAGAGACGAAGGGGUUGUCCAACAUGCAGAUACAGGAAAUAUUUUCUAGGAACAGGCGGAAAUAGAAAUUUCAUUAUAAGUUGUAGCAAUAAUUUAUAAUUUCUGAAAUAAAGAUAU